AUGGACUGUGGAGGCCGAGAAAGCUUUUCAGGAAAUGAAAGAACUUUGACGGCUUCACGGAAAGAAGAACUGUUAAUCUUGUAUCGUUCUGCAUCUGAUGUUGUGGUAGGUGCAGUGUUGUUGGUGGAAAGAGACGGAGUCCAAACUCCAAUUUAUUAUAUCAGCAAAAUGUUAACUGGUCCGGAAACCCGUUAUUCAAUCAUGGAGAAGCUUGUUCUGGCCUUAGUUCACGCCUUGCGCAGGUUACGCAAGUAUUUUUCGGGCCACAUUGUAAGUGUUCUUACAAAUUAUCACUUGGGUCAGGUUCUAUCCAAACCAGAUGUUGCGGGCCGGUUGGAAAAGUGGGCCAUUGAAUUGGGUGGACAUAAUAUCUUAUAUAAGCCGCGCCCAACUAUCAAGGGCCAAGUUCUGGCAGAUUUCAUUACUGAAGUUCCGUUCGCUAAAAUCCAAGAAUGUGAAGCCAUACAGAAUCUUGUCCCAGUCUUCGACGAGAGUGUUUGGAUCUUGCAUACAGACGGUGCUUCCAAUGAUGACGGCGUAGGGGCUGGCCUUCGUCUAGUCAGCACCAACAAUCAUGAAUUUACUUACGCCAUUCGGUUGGACUUCAAAAGCACCAACAAUGAAGCAAAGUAUGAAGCAUUUCUUGCAGGUCUUCUCUUAGCAAUCAAAAUGGGGGCGAAGAAUUUGGAGGCGUAUAUUGAUUCUCUACUGGUUGCUGGGCAGAUCAACGGUCUUUAUGACGCGAAAGGUGAAGCAAUGUCCCUAUACCUUGAACAGGCGAUUGCUAAAUUUCAUACUUUCAAGGUUAUUCAUACCAACCGAAGUGAAAAUAAGCAUGCGGAUGCACUCAGCAAGUUAGCUGCUACAAGUUUCAAACAUCUAGCAAAAGAGGUGCGCAUCGAGGUUCUCUCAAACCCGUCUGUUCCUUUACAUGUAAACAUGGUGGAAAUUUGGAAUCCAUCUUGGAUGUCUCCGAUUAUUAUGUUCUUACAGCACGGGACUCUUCCGGAGGGAAAGGCGGAAGCAAGAAAAAUUCAUAACAAAGCGUUGAAUUAUGAAAUGGCUAAUGGAAUUAUGUACCAGAAGUCCUAUAUGGGUCCUCUUUUACGAUGUGUUGACAAACAUGACGCGCAAUACUUGGUUCGAGAAAUCCACGAAGGAUUAUGCGGAACCCAUGCCGGUCCUCGCAUGGUGGUGGCAAAAAUUAUGAGCGCAGGCUAUUACUGGCCUGGCAUGCACUUGGAUGCCGUCGAGACUUUGCGCAAAUGUGCAUCAUGCCAAUGCCAUGCUCCAAAGACCCUCCGCCCAAAAAAAUCCUUUGGUUCCGGUAACCACAGCAUGGCCUUUCCAACAGUGGGCAAUCGAUCUGAUAACGAUACCAAUUUUGCUUCUGAGGAUUUACAAAAAUGGAUGAAAGAGAUGCACAUCGAGCACAGUUUCGCCUAUGUGGCGCAUCCACAGGUAAAUGGUCAAGUUGUGAGAAUCAAUAAGCAGAUUGUGGAUGAUAUCAAGGCAAGAUUGGGAACCGCAAGAAGAGGCUGGGUCAAUAAGUUGCCAAGUAUUCUUUGGGCUCAUCGCACCAUGCCAAAGACUAGCACGGGUGAAACACCAUUCAGCCUUGUCUUUGGAACGAAGGCUGUGAUCUCGGCAGAAAUCGGUCUUCCGUCACUCCGCAUGCUAGCCAUGGAGAAACAGAACAAUGAAUAA